AUGAAGUUGGAAAAGAAAACCGUGGCCGAGAACAUAGCGGACCUUGUUGGAUUGCAAGCCGCCUACCGCGCCUUCAAGCGACUCAACGUCACAAAUCGCAUACUCAUGGGCCUCAUCACGGACUACUGCCCAGAGCAGCUUUUCUUCCUGGGGAUGGCAAUUGCGCGGUGCACGAGCGAAUCGGUCCAAUUCACGGAAGAUUUCAUUUUGGACAGGUCUCAAGUGCACAGUCCCUGGAAAUUCAGGGUCAAUGUGUCGCUGAAAAAUUUCAAAGCGUUUGCCAAGGCUUGGAACUGUCCCUCAGGAUCAGAGAUGAACCCUAUUAGGAAUAGGUGCACCAUCUAUUAG